AUGCAGACGUCCAUCUGCAGGCAUAUUGCCAUCACACUCUCCGAUAAUGUCUUGAUACACAUCACAAGGGCACAGAACCGCUCUCAUCCGCGUCUUUAUACAACAAGCAGCAGCAAAGGGGUCAGCCCGCCGCCCUUGACACUAACCCCAAGCAAAGCAUUGGAUAGCACCCGUGCCUCGUCAACACUCCAAAGCGCCGAUCCAUCAACAAGCUCUCCUCCGAGCAGAGAUUCGUUCCGUAUUUUCUCAUGGAACAUCGACGGCCUCAAGACUUUCCUUCCGUCCCUUGCUCCUUACUCGGGCAAAUUCACAUCCGCUUUCAGAGGUGCACGCGCAAGCCGCGAUGCUUUGAAGGCUAACGGAUCCCCAACGGCCGAUCUACCAUCUACACCCACCGCAAAAGAACUCUUAGGCUCAGCAUCUACGCUACGAGCGUUUCUUUCCCGCCACAACUGGCCUGAAGUCCUCUUCCUUCAGGAACUCAAGAUCAGCAGGCGAAAAGGACCUUUUUUCCUAACCGAAUUACUCGAAACUCUCAAUACUCCGCUCAACGCCGCCGACACUGUGUUCGAAGAUCGCGCGUACACUCUCAAUGCAGUACUUCCACGUGACAGGCAAAAUUGUACAGCCUUUGCAGGAUAUAUGUACGGUGUGGCAACAAUAAUCAGGAAAGAUUUUGCUCGCAAAUGGGUUGCUACAGUGCGGGAGGUUGACUGGGACAUCGAGGGGAGAGUCAGCGUUGUCGAGAUGAGGGGGGGGCCAGAAGGGCAAGACGGCGAUUCGUCAUCCACUACGAAACCUCUGGCUCUCAUCGCUAUCUACGGCCUCUACGGCGGAACGAGACCGCAUCUCUGCCCUGAAACGGGUGCCGUCCAUCCUAUUUAUCCGACUCGCAAUCAUCGACUGCUCGCCUUCAAUGCCCUGCUCCUAGACGAGUGCCAUUCCCUGGAAGCACGCGGAUUCAAUGUAGUUGUCGCAGGCGACAUGAACAUGGCCAGAGGGGAUGUGGACGCAUACCCCCGCCUCCGAACCGACCCACCAUUCUAUUGCGUUCACCGGGCGGACUUUAACCGCAAGUUCUUCGGCGAGGAAGACAACAAGCGAGCCGGCGCCUGGCUUGGUCCUGGAAAACAAGACAUGGAGAAGGAAAAGUGUCUUGAUGCCGUGGAUGUGUUCCGUGCAAUAUACGGCAUGGAGAAAAGAUACACAUUUUACUCACAGUCCAAUGUGUGGGGGACCAGUUGCAACAGGGUCGAUAUGGUGAUUGUUUCCAAGCAGUUGUGGGAGGACGGGCGUGUGAUUGAUACGGGAAUACUUAACACGCCUCAGGAGCGCGGUCCGAGUGAUCAUGUACCAAUUUGGGUGGAGAUCGGUUUGUGA